AUGGCGGCUUUGUUGCAUUCUGACUCGAGGCGGUUAUAUUCGUGGUGGUGGGAUAGUCAUAUUAGCCCGAAGAAUUCAAAAUGGCUUCAGGAAAAUCUUACGGACAUGGAUGCGAAAGUCAAAGCAAUGAUCAAGCUUAUUGAAGAGGACGCGGACUCGUUUGCAAGAAGGGCGGAGAUGUACUAUAAGAAGCGGCCGGAACUCAUGAAAUUAGUUGAGGAGUUCUACCGAGCAUACCGUGCAUUAGCGGAGAGAUACAAUCAUGCAACGGGGGAGCUACGCCAGGCUCAUAGAACGAUGGCAGAGGCAUUUCCCAACCAAGAACAUUUUCUGCUGAAUGACGAUUCGCCGUGUAGUUCUUCAGGUGAGCCACACACGCCUGAAAUGCCACAGCCGAUUCGUACAUUCUUAGAUCAAGUUGAAGGACAGAAAGACGCGUUAGGUCUAAGCAGAAAGGGUCUAAAACAGCUGAAUGAGAUCUUUGGGUUUUCUCCGGCUGAAAAACAGGCGAAUGCGAAGGUCCAGAACAAUUCUGAGUCUGACUCUGAGCAUGCAGGGAGAGCAGAAAUUGAACUUGAAGCCUUACGGAAAACGCUAGCAGAUGUACAGCUUGACAAAGAUUCUAUCCUUCUUCAGUAUCAGAAGAGUUUGGAAAGUUUAUCCGAAUUGGAAAAAGAGCUUAAUAAGGCGCGAAAUGUAUCUGAAGGCCUUGAUGAACAAGCAAUCAAAGCAGAAAUUGAAAUCGGAAUAUGGAAGGAAGCCCUAGCAGAGGUAAAGUCCAAGAAGGAUACUGGUCUAGUUCAAUAUGACCGAUGUCUGGAAAGGAUAGCUAGCCUGGAGGCUAUGUUAUCUUCGGCUCAGCUGGAAGCUAAGGGGCAUGACGAGAGAGCCGCUAAAGCAGAAACCGAAGCUAAAAGUCUAAAGGAAGAACUUGCCAGGCUGGAAGCUGAGAAGGAUGCUGGCCGUCUUCAGUAUGAAAAAUCUCUUGAAAAGAUAUCGGUUUUGGAGUCUAAAAUUAAUCUUGCCGAGGAGAAUUCAAGGAUGCUAACUGAGAAAAUUGAAAGAGCAGAGGUCGAAGUUAAAGCAUUGAAGGAAAAGGUUACCGAACUGAAUGAAGAGAAAGAAGCUGUAGCUCUCAUGUACAAGCAAUGCUUGGAGAAAUUAUCUUCAAUGGAGAGUGAAAUUUUGCACGCUCAUGAAACUUCUGAACGGCUGAAUAGAGAAAUUAAGCUAGGCGCUGAAAAACUCAAAACUGCGGAAAAAAACUGUGACACGUUGGAGAAAUCAAAUCGAUCUCUUCAGCUAGAGGCUGACAAUCUAGUGCAGAAGAUUUCUAUAAAAGAUCGAGAGCUUCUAGAGAAGCAUAAUGAGUUUGAGAGGAUGCAGACUCUGAUGCAGGAAGAGCAUUCUCGUUUUCUUCAAAUUGAGUCUACUCUUCAUUCUCUGCAAAAAUCGUACUCUCAGUCACAAGAUGAGCAAAGAUCUCUAGCCUUGGAGCUUAAACACGGGCUUCAGCUGUUGGAGGACUUGGAACAUUCGAAAAAAGGUUUUAAAGAAGAAAUGCAACAUAUUGUGGAAGAAAACAAGACUUUGCAUGUGCUUAACUUGGCAGCCACUGGAACUGUAAAAGAUCAGCAAAUGGAAAUUUCGAAGUUGAAAGAGAUCAAAGAGAAUCUGGAACGGGAGUUUGUUGUGAAAGUUGAAGAAAGCAAUUAUCUUCUACAUGAAUCUCGUCAAAUAAAGGACGAGAUCCAUGGCUUGAAUAAUAGAUACCGGGCUAUACUGGAAGAUCUAGAGUCCGUAGGUUUGAAUCCUAAAUGUUUUGCAGCAUCGGUGAUGGAUUUACAAAAGGAGAACUUGAAACUAAAGGAGGUAUGCAAAGUCGAACAAGAUGAGAAAGAAGCUCUUCGUGAAAAGUCUAAGGAUAUGGAUAAAGUUUUGAAUGAAAAAGCUGUUGUGCAAUGUUCCCUAUCAAGUUUGAAUGAUGAGGUAAAUGGACUAAGAGAUACCGUGAAGAAAUUUCAAGAGUCGUGCCAUGUUCUGAAGGAAGAAAAAUCCGGUCUUGUUGGUGAGAAAUCGGCUUUACUGUCACAGUUGCAAAUUAUCACUGAAAGUAUGCAGAAGUUAAUGGAGAAGAAUGCCUUGCUGGAAAGUUCCCUCUCUGAUUCAAAGAUCGAGCUUGAAGGUUUAAGGGCUAAAUCGAGUAGCUUGGAAGAAUUCUGCAAUCUGCUGAAUAACGAGAAGUCUAAUCUUGUUAAGGAAAGAACCGUUCUGGUAUCUCAAUUGGAGAGCGUUGAAGAGAAAUUAAGUAACCUUGAAAAACGGUUUACUAAACUCGAGGAAAAAUAUUCUUAUAUGGAGAAAGACAAAGAAAGCAAAGCUAAUCAAGUAGAAGAACUUCAUGCUUUGCUUUCAGCACAAAAAGCCAAGCAUGCUAAUCAUAAACAUUCGAGUGAAUCCCGAUUGGCUAAUUUGGAGAAUCUCGUUCUUGGGCUACAAGAAGAGCGACAGAUGGGGAAGGUAGAAUUUGAACAAGAGCUUGAUAAAGCCGUAAAUGCUCAAGUUGAGAUGUUUAUUUUGCAAAAAUGUAUGGAAGAUUUGGAGCAGAAGAAUAUGGGCCUAUUAUUUGAAUGUCAAAAACAUGUUGAGGCGUCGAAGUUUUCUGAGAAAGUUAUUUCCGAGUUGGAGGGUGAAAACCUUAUGCAACAGAUGGAGGUAGAGUUCUUGCUCGAAGAAAUUAGAAAAUUCAAAAUCGGGAUUCAUCAAGUGUUCGGGGCUCUUCAGGUUGAUCCAGAUAGGAGACACAACAAAGGUUUCAAACAAGAGGAAAUUUCCGUAUCACAUAUUUUGAACAAUAUCGAAGGCUUGAAAGGUUCUCUUGUGAAAACUCAGGAAGAGAAGCUGCAACUAUUUGUAGAGAAUUCUGUCCUCGUGACGGUACUUUCGCAGCAAGAAUCUGAGGGAAAAGAACUGGAUUCUAGGAAAAUGACCCUCGAGCAGGAGCUUGAGAACACGAGUGAGUGGAAUGUGAUGUUGCAGGAAGUUAAGCUUGAGCUACUGGAGAUGAACGAGCAACUGAGGUCUGAACUAACCGAGGGAGAAGAAAGGGAAAACGCGUUGAAAUCUGAAAUGGAAGCUCUUUGUAUGAAAUUGGUAGAUUUGCAGAAAACAAAUCUUAUGUUUCAGGAUGAAAAUCGUAAGGUGCUUGAGGAGAAAAAUUCGCUAAUUAAGAGUGUUUCCGAACUCAAAGAUGCCAAGUCUGCUGUUGAGGAUGAGAACAGUGCGAUGUUCGUUGAGGCACUGAAUCUAAAAAGCCUUAGUUUGGUUUACGAGAGCUUUUUCAUUGAAAAGGUCUUAGAACAAAAAGAACUUUCCGAACAUCUGAGCGAUCUCCACAGCAUGAACAACAACCUGAAACAGGAGCUUGGUCUGUUAAGAGAACAGUUUGAGUCGAAAGAAUGGGAGAACGUUUAUCUGAAAGAGAUUCUUGAGGCUAUGGACAAAGAUCUGCGAGAAGCCAAAAAUGCAAAUGACGAUUUAAGUCAUCAAGUUCAAAGUUCAGAGAAUCUUCUUAUGAAGAAGAAAACAGAGCUGUUAGAAAAAGAGGAAAAGCUAAAGGCUGUGGAAAUGUUGAACGCGGAGUUUUGCAGAAAUGUUGAGAAUCUGAAAACGGAGCAACAAGAAUCAAGACUGAUCAAUGAAAAUCUUGGAAAGCAGAUUCUUGAACUAUUGGAAGGUUGCAUGAAUCACAAAAAAGAAAUCGAACUCCUCAACGAAGCAAAUAGAAGUGUCCUGUCAGAGAUGAGAUUAUUACACCGAGAAGUGGAACAACAGAAGGCUAGAGAAAAAACAUUGAGUUCGGAGCUGAUGGAUAAAACAAACGAAUUUCAACUCUGGGAGGCGGAGGCUGCUACGUUCUACUUCGAUCUUCAGAUUUCAUCCAUUAGUGAAGCAUUGUUGGAAAAUAAGGUGAAUGAGCUUACCGGGGUGUGCACGAGGCUUCAAGACGAGAGUGCUGAAAAGAGCUUGGAGAUUGAAAAAAUGACAGAAAGAGUCGGUUUUCUGGAAAGUGAAGUUGGAGGACUGAAGGGUCAUUUGUCUACUUAUGCUCCGGUCAUUCGUUCUUUGGAAGAGGAUUUUGCUUCUUUAGAACAUACUGUUUUUCUAACAAAUAAAGUGUCUGUUGUAUGCAAACAAGAACAAAAGGUUGCUGUAGAAAACAUCGAUCCCGGUGUAACAGAAAACAAGAUACCGGACGGCGUUUCAGAUUUGGUAGGCUUGAAGGCAAGGAUUAGAGCAGUUGAAAGGCGUGUCAAGGAAGAAAAUCUAACGUCUAAAGCCAAUUCAGUAAAAGACUACAGAAAAGUAGAGAAGCUACUCAAGGACGAGAACAUGUUCGAUCUCAACACUUGGAGAACAAAGUCCGAAAAUGGAUCGCUGAUGAAAGAUAUUCCUCUCGAUCAAAUAUCAGACAAUCCAGCUUCUAAGAAUCGCAGGAGAAAGAAUAAUAGCGGAACUGAUGAUGGGAUGCUUGAAUUAUGGGAAACUGCUGAACAUGAUUGCUUUAACGACGGUUCAAUGGUUCGUGAAGCGAUGAAAAGGAAUUCUGAUCCAACCGAGGACAUUAUUACAUGCCAUGAGUCGGACAAUAACUCGGGAAAAUGUCUGAACACCUCUUCAGAAUUGGAGGCAGAAAAGGAAUUGGUUGUUGACAAGCUUCACAUGAUGAAAAGUAUAAAAGACAGAACUCAAGAUGGCAAAAGGAGAAAGCUACUGGAGAGGCUUGCAUCGGAUAAGCAGAAACUAAACGUUCUUAAGAUGACCGUGCAAGAUUUCCGAACAAAAAUGGAGACAAAGAAGAGAGGCAGCAAGAAGGGAGACGACACUGAAUACGAGACAGUUAAAAGACAAAUCGAAGAACUUGAUGGAGCUGUCGUGAAAUUAGCAGAUACUAAUGAUCAACUUACAAAAGAGAUCAAAGAGAGUGUUCCAUCUUCUAGCAGGGAGACUUCGGUGGAGUUGGAAAAGUCUAGACAAAACCAUAGGAAAAGAGUGAUGGAGCAGGCGCGAAAAGGUUCUGAAGAGAUAGGACGUUUGCAGUUGGAGGUUCAGAACAUGCACUGUGUUUUGCUGAAAUUGAGCGAUGAGAAGAAAAACACAGGGAAGAAGAACAAAUUCUCAGGAAAAACAGUGGUGUUUCUGAGGGACUUUAUUCACAUUGGAAAGAAGAGUAGUAGCAAAAAGCACAACAAAGGGUGUUUCUGUGGAUCCACAAAGACUUCAACUAAUGAAGACUAA